AUGUCACCACAAAGGGACCCGGGGAGGGAUCCUGGGAAGACCACGGAGAAGGCGACCCCAGACCUUUUGCCCUCCACUCGGUGGGGGUGUCCUGCUUCACAGGAAAAGAAACACAGGGAAGAAAACAGAGGAAACGCGUCCGGAGGGGGUGCGGUACAGAACAAUAGCCCUGUGUGCCCCGCGCCUGGCCACAGAGAACCAAGCGGGGAAUCGAGGAAAAGAAGCUCAGUUACAGUCUGGAUUGGAGCAAGAAAAGAAGACAGCUGCAAGAGGAAGUGUACCCGGUCAUCUGCCAGUGUUUCUGCCUCUGUGAAGGACACUCCAUCUGUCCAGGGAUGUGAGCCAGACACCUGCAAGUCCUCCAUGCAGCUCCCUCCCCCUCAACCCUGGCCAGUGCUGCCCACAAAACAACUCCCAACCCACCCACACUGCCUGCCAGUGCAUCAGUCUGUGUGUUUCCUUGUCCAGAUGAGCGGCUCUGUGGCUGCCCACUGCAUCUCUGUGUCCUUCUGGACUCAUCCACACCUUCUCACAGCCUCAAGAGACCGUCCCAUGUUCUCCCUGUCCUUGCUUCUUGAUGUCUCUCCACAGGGCCAUGACCCUAGCCAGGAACAACUGCCCACCUCUACGUGUGGCUGAGGACUCCCAGUCCUCAGGUCCCACCUCUGCCAUCUGUCUCUCAACUGACCCUACUGUCUCACAUUGGGCCACCAACUCCUGGAGGAGGAGCUACUGUGCCCGCUUGACACAUCCUUCAGCACUGAAAAGAAUGCCUGGAAAUGUCCUG